GCACAACAACACAUUACAACAAACGCCUGGGGUCUGUCAUGCAGGGUAAGCACGAUGACAGUACCAUGGAGUCUGUGCUGGUCUCUCUGUUUCCUACCUCUCCUCCUGAUUCUGAGUGCACAUACUGCACACGCGGCUCCCGACUUCUCUCGAUAUCUUCACACAAUCCUGAAGAACCACACGGCUCAUGCAUGUGAAGGGAGCACGCUCGUCAUCGAGUGUCCGUCCAGGACGUCUGUGGCCGUCCUCUCUGCUUUCUAUGGACGACGAGUGCCUUAUCAGCAUUUAUGUCCCUCUGCAAACACAAACAUGAGUGUGGACGAGGACACAGCGUGCACGUCACCGGUUGCUAUAGAUAAAGUGUUGUCAGAGUGUCAGGAUCGACGUUCCUGUCACAUCCCUGUCUUCAGUGCAGUGUUUGGACAAGACCCCUGUCCACUCACCAGCAAGUAUCUCCUCGUGUCCUACAAGUGCAGACCAGAGCACCAUCGCACGAGGCUUGUGUGUGAAAACGAGCGUCUGAGGCUGCUGUGUAAAAAUGAGACCGUCCUCGCCAUUUACUCUGCCUCUUUUGGACACCUGCUGCAUGGAAGUCCUUACUGUCCUCAGGAACCUGGAUCACACAACGACAUGGAGUGUCUGUCAGCACUGGCUCUGAGGAAGGUGUCCCGCAGGUGUCAUGGGAGAGCAAGCUGUUCUCUCCUGGCCGAUACUCAAACCUUUGGUGACCCCUGUUUCUCCGGCACUAGGAAGCACCUGCGGGUCUCCUUCACUUGUGUUCCCCAGUAUCUUCUGGAAGACGUGGGUCGAGGGUCGACUGAUCCUUUCUUGAUUUCAGACUACACACACGGUGGAUGGUACACUGGCCCCACCUACAGGCCUCAAAACGUGCUCUUUACCAACUGUCUGGAGAUCAUUGAAAAAAUCUGGGAUCUACCAGAGAAGGUGGCUCUGUACUUUGUCUCUGGAAUCUGUGCUGGCCUAGUUUUCCUCCUCUGCCUGUUUGGUGUACGCUCCACACUAGUCAGAGAUGUGAAGGAUCUGGUCUCUGACCUGAAGGAUGAGCUGAAAGUGUCUCGCAGACUGCGCAACGAGCUCAUGGAGGACCUGUAUGAGGACGAGGUCUCAGACACGUCGUCCUUCUGUCGCCUCACAAAAUCCCACCGCACGACGGACAUCUUCAGCCCCUCCACGUCGACGGCGGUAGAGAUGGUUGAUCGCGGGGUGGAACGGAUGAGGGAUCUGCCCAACGGAGACAUUUGGCCUCGUGGAGACUCCAGCCCCUACGCCAUCCACAAGAUUCAAACUUACGACAACUGACAGAAGUGGAAAUUAUAACCCUAACCCCUUUUUUUUAUUAACCUGACAGUGCCUCCUUAUCUAAUGUAGGCAUUUCAUGAAUCUGCUCUGUUGUUCAUCAUGAAACAUCAUAAAAGGUUGUGAGCAGUGUUGUGCAAGUUUACACCUCUCAUGAACUAGUUCAAAUUUCAGUUCAUACAAAUAAACAUGAAUAGUUCACGUUCAUAGUUCAGCUCAUGUCAUAGUUUUAAGCUGGAAAGUGAGAAUGAAAGACUUAACUUGUUAAAGAAAACCUUAUUCAUCAUUACUCCUUGCCUUUACUGACGGAAUCUUUAUCAGACAGUGUGUAAAAAUCCCUCUCUGCUUUCUCUUGCCAUCUGUAUAUGAGACCGAGAGCUGUUGUGUUGCAGUAUGGCCUGCCCCUUUAAGGAAAGUUUGUAGUGUGUGACGUAGUGCACCUGGGUGUUGUGGGUAAAGACGCUAAAAGUGUGUGUAUAACGAGAAGUGGCGGACCACCUGGAGGUGAUACGAGCGUUGCUCCUGCUGUAUAUCCGAGAAAUAAAGUGGCCGCAUUCCAAGUAAAGUAA